AAACUCCAAAAGUCAAUGUAAUUAAUGUAAACAAACAUGUGACCGGUCAACUUUAUUUUUUGCUUAUUUUGUGUUUAAAAAAGAAAAAAUAUGAAAAUUACACUCUUGUGAAGUUUAGUGGAAAGCCCAUGGCAAUAAUGGAACAGCAAAGUAAACUAGAAGUUGAAGAUGUAAGUCUAUUAGUCGUCGUGAUUGAUCUCAGCACCGAGCAACCUUUUCUGCAGGAUGACAAACUCUCACUCACACAUUACUUGAAUGCAAUCAUAACCUUCAUUAAUUCUCAUUUGAUGCUCAAGGCUUGCAAUCGUGUAGCUGUUAUUGGAUCUGAUUAUUGCCGCAAUAAGUAUUUGUACCCAGAUGAAAAGAAUAAGCUGAACAUUAGGCAAACAGACAGUCAGUAUGAAAUGUUUACUCUCGUCGAACAAACAAUACGCAAUAAUGUGAAGUCAUUUUUCAAUGAUGACAGCUCGAAAGAUGAUGAAGAUGAGCCCUCCAAGUUACCUUCGUUAAUCAGUGGCGCUGCAGCUCUUGGCCUUUGCUUCAUCAACAGGAUAGAGGCAACAUUCAUGUCCAAAAAUAAUUUAAACUCUCGGAUUCUGAUAAUCACAGGUAGCCUCGACUUCUCGCACCAGUAUAUGAGUUUGAUGAAUGUGUUUUUUGCUGCUCAAAGACAGAACAUUGCUAUUGAUGUAUGCAGUUUAGAAGCUGAAUUGAAGUUACUCCAACAAGGAACAGACAUAACCAAUGGGCAUUUCCUGCUUGUACCAUCCGCAAACCUCUCGGGACUUGUUCAGUAUUUACUGUGGGUUUUCUUGCCUGAACCACCCCUACGGAAACAUCUGAUAGUGCCUCCUCCAGUGAAAGUUGACUACCGUGCUUCCUGUUUUUGCCACAAGCAACUGAUAGAGCUAGGUUACGUCUGUUCAGUGUGCCUCUCUGUGUUCUGUAAGUUUACACCCAUUUGCAUGACUUGCCAUGCAGUAUUCAAAUCGCAUAUAUUGUUGCCGAAGAAAAUAAAGAAAAGAAAAGUCAAUUCAGGAUCCCCUAUGAGUGUUUCUGGAAGUAUGCGAAGCAAGUAACAAGUUCCUUGCAACAAAAUUUGUGAUUGAUUUUCACUUACUUUUAUUUUUUUAUGAAUUUUGUUUGUUUUUAUGUAUAAAUGUAAAUAAAGCCAAUUAUUUUCUACUUUUA